AUGGCAGAAGAGGAUUUCCAGCUCAGACCAGUCGACAGCGACGACUGCACAGAGGAGGACAAGCUCCAAUCAGCUGAUUUCCCAAUUCCAUCGCUAGCAUCCCUCCACCUCAGGGACAAGACUGUGGUCAUCAAGGAGAGCAACGUCCAUAUGGGAGAUAAUCCUCAGCACCCAUCUGUAUUUCCUGUGAUGAUGUCAUCACCCCUCAACCAAUCCCAGCAGCCGACAGAUAUGUCCAUGGCUACUAGGCCUGAUCAUUCACCAGCAGAUCAAGAGUUUUCGGAGUUGGGUCACGAUGACAGCGAGGCUCGGUCCCGUGCCCUGACUGCCUCUCUGCAGGAUCUUUCUUCGCUCGUUGAUCAGGAGGAUGUGUAUCCUGCCCUGAACAACAACUCAGCCAAGGAAGGAGAACUUCAACCCAAGAACAACAUAACCAAAGCGAUGGCAGCAUGCAACUGCAGUGUCGAUGACAACCAGCUGUCCCAUGCAGACUGGUACUGGGGCCACAUCUCAAGAGAGGAAGUAAAUGAGAUGAUGAGAAACACGCCCGAGGGCACAUUCCUGGUGCGAGAUGCUUCCAGUCGGGUGAAGGGGGAAUAUACUCUCACACUAAGAAAAGAUGCUUCGAACAGACUGAUAAAGAUUUUCCAUCAAGGGGGCAAAUAUGGCUUCUCUGAACCACUGGCCUUUUUGUCUGUGGUGCACCUGAUCCAGUAUUACCAGAACAAAUCACUAGCGCAGUACAAUUCCAAACUGGACAUACGGCUACUCUACCCCAUAUCCAGAUACCAACAGCAGGUUGUGAUGGAAGUUGACAUUGAUGCAGUUGGGGAACAGCUGAGGAUAUUUCAGGAUCGAUACAAAGAAAAAAGCAAAGAGUAUGACCAUCUGUUUGAGGAGUUUAACCAAACCUCCCAGGACCUGCAGAGCAAGCGGACAGCCAUCGAGGCGUUCAGUGAAAUCAUUCGGAUCUUCGAGGAGGAGUGUGAAACUCAAGAACGCUACAGCAAGGAAUACAUCAACAUGUUCCUCACUUUGCACAGCAGCACAGAAACGGACAACAGGAUUCAAAACAACCCUGAAGAGCUGCAGUCAAGGGUGGAGGAGAUUCACAACAGCAAGAAAAAGCUGGAGGACGAGCUGAGAAGAAAAGCCCUGGCUCACAUGGAGGUGGACAGGAAAAUCAACAGUCUGAAGCCCGACCUUGUUCAGCUCAGGAAAAUCAGAGAUCAGUAUCUCCUAUGGCUCACCCAGCACGGCACCAGGCAGAGCCAGAUCAACGACUGGUUGGGUAUCAGCACUGAAGACGAAGACCUGUACACCCUGGCAGAUGAUACACAUCAGGAGGAAAGGAGCUGGUACGUCGGUGGAAUGAGACGAAAGGAGGCAGAGGAGCUGCUGGAGGGAAGGAGGGAUGGGACCUUCCUCAUCAGAGACAGCCAGACACAGAGAGGCUCCUUUGCAUGCUCGGUUGUUGCGGACGGAGAGGUGAAGCACUGUGUGAUCUACAGGACGUCUACAGGCUAUGGCUUCGCUGAGCCCUACAACCUGCACUCAUCUCUGAGAGAGCUGGUCCUCCACUACCGACACACGUCCCUGAUCCAGCACAACCAGCAGCUGAAUGUAACCCUGGCCUGGCCCGCUCUCAGCCAGCAGCCCAGCUGA